AUGCGGGUGGGUGGGAGGCUGUCUGGUGACCGCUGUGCCUGCAUGCAGGCGGGGGUGAAACGGGUAAAAGAAACCAAAGAGCGGCAGGAAGCGCUUCCUGCCGCUCUUUUCCGCUUCUGCUCCAUCGCCAUUUUCCCCAUUUCACCACCUCCGCCUUUACGGCCUCGCCAGCCCCACAGCCUCCAGCUUCUUCGCUCGCAGUGGACCCCGUGCGACGCCCAGCAACGCGGAGCCGCACGGAGAGUCAUACUCGCCAGGCAAAGCCACAGCGUGAAAUGGGGACGCACAGUUACCGACGCAAGAGGCAAGGACGAACAGCAAUAA